AUGGAUGCCCUACUCAAAUCUACCAAAUCUAACGCUCGUGGAAUCCCAGAGGCCCCGUUUGUGGAAAAAGUAGAGGAUUUCAUAAAAGAUCCUAACGACUUCGACCUAUGUUUUAACAAGUUCCAGGAAAGACUCUCGAAGUACAAAUACAUGCAGGAAUCGAAACUGCUGACGGUCAAACAAUUGAAGCAAAAGAUUCCAGAAAUUGAAAAUACGCUAAAUAUGUGCCAUGCCCUGAAGAAACAGCAAGAACGUGGUCGCAAUUUGGAAACCAACUACCAGCUCAAUGAAACGCUUUAUACUACAGCAGAAAUAGACACAUCACAAGAAUUGAAAGUAGGUCUUUGGCUGGGUGCAGACGUAAUGCUGGAAUACCCUAUAGAUGAAGCCAUUUCUCUGCUGAAUGAGAAAUUGGCAGAUGGUAAGAAAAACUUAGAAGUCAACCAGGAGGACGUGGAGUACCUAAGAGAGAAUAUCACGACCAUGGAGGUCAAUUGUGCUAGACUCUACAACUGGGACGUAGAAAAGCGUCAGCAGUUAAAGCUGGCUCAGCAAAAAGCCUGA